UUCAGCGUGCAUCUUCGCCGGGUGUUUGGCGUUGAUUUGUGCUUAUUCGUGCUCCAUUAGCAGAAAUUGCAAGAAAAAUUGCGACUAACGUGGAAGCUACAUCCCGAAAUCGCGUAUUUCGCACGCUGAGAAAAAAUGAGCAAUAUAUUCGGUCUCGAAGACAGUCAAUAUGAUGAGGAAGAUGCGGACGAAAUCUCGUCCAAACUUUGGCAAGAAGCCUGCUGGAUCCUCAUCAAUGCGUACUUCGACGAGAAAGGACUUGUACGGCAGCAGCUGGAUAGCUUCGAUGAAUUUAUCGAAAUGUCCGUUCAGCGUAUCGUGGAGGAUUCGCCGCAGAUAGAAUUGCAGGCAGAGGCGCAGCACACCACGGGCGAGAUAGAGAAACCUGUGAAACAUUUGUUAAAAUUCGAGCAGAUUUACUUGUCGAAGCCGACCCAUUGGGAGAAGGAUGGCGCGCCGUCUCCCAUGAUGCCCAAUGAAGCCAGAUUAAGAAAUCUAACGUAUUCCGCGCCGUUGUAUGUGGAUAUCACCAAGACGAUCGAGAAGGACGGCGAAGACCCCGUAGAGACGCAGCAUCAAAAAACAUUUAUCGGGAAAAUACCGAUUAUGUUGAGAUCAAAGUAUUGCCUGCUCGCCGGUUUGUCCGAUCGUGACUUGACGGAACUGAACGAAUGCCCGCUGGAUCCCGGUGGAUAUUUCAUCAUUAACGGCUCGGAGAAGGUUCUUAUAGCCCAGGAGAAAAUGGCUACAAACACCGUUUACGUGUUCAGCAUGAAGGACGGGAAGUACGCCUACAAGGCGGAAAUCCGUUCCUGCCUGGAACACAGUUCGCGUCCGACCUCGACCUUGUGGAUCAACAUGAUGGCCAAGAGCGGUGCCAGUAUUAAAAAGUCCGCUAUAGGCCAACGCAUUAUCGCCAUUAUUCCUUACAUCAAGCAGGAGAUCCCCAUAAUGGUGGUUUUUCGAGCCCUCGGAUUUGUGGCCGAUCGCGAUAUCCUCGAACAUAUCAUUUACGAUUUUGACGAUCCCGAGAUGAUGGAAAUGGUGAAGCCGUCCUUGGACGAGGCUUUCGUCAUACAGGAACAGAACGUCGCUUUGAAUUUUAUCGGUACUAGAGGCGCCAAGCCGGGAGUGACCAAGGAGAAGCGGAUUAAAUACGCCCGAGAAAUCCUGCAGAAGGAGAUGCUGCCGCACGUCGGCAUAAGCGAUUUCUGCGAAACUAAAAAGGCUUAUUUCCUCGGCUAUAUGGUCCACAGAUUGCUGUCGGCGUCUCUGGGACGAAGGGAAUUGGACGAUCGCGAUCAUUACGGUAAUAAGAGACUGGACUUGGCCGGGCCUCUGCUGGCGUUUUUGUUCCGAGGUCUAUUCAAAAAUCUGAUGAAGGAGGUACGCUUGUACGCGCAGAAAUUCAUAGAUCGGGGAAAGGACUUCAAUCUCGAGCUGGCUAUCAAGACGAAAAUCAUCACGGACGGUCUGAGAUACUCGCUCGCCACGGGUAACUGGGGCGAUCAGAAGAAGGCGCAUCAGGCGAGGGCGGGGGUGUCGCAGGUAUUGAACAGAUUGACCUUCGCGUCGACGCUGUCGCAUUUGAGACGAGUGAAUUCGCCCAUCGGAAGAGACGGCAAACUUGCCAAGCCACGUCAGCUGCACAACACAUUGUGGGGUAUGCUGUGCCCCGCGGAGACCCCCGAGGGUGCCGCUGUAGGACUGGUGAAGAAUCUAGCGCUGAUGGCGUACAUAAGCGUCGGCUCGCAGCCCUCGCCUAUCCUAGAAUUCUUGGAGGAGUGGUCCAUGGAGAACCUUGAGGAGAUAGCCCCGAGCGCGAUCGCCGACGCUACGAAGAUAUUCGUGAACGGAUGCUGGGUCGGCAUCCAUCGCGAUCCGGAUCAAUUGAUGGCCACUCUACGCAAACUGAGAAGGCAGAUGGACAUCAUCGUGUCGGAAGUAUCGAUGGUCCGCGAUAUUAGAGACCGCGAGAUAAGGAUAUACACGGACGCUGGUAGGAUCAGUAGACCUCUGCUCAUAGUAGAAGGUCAAAAUUUGCUGCUGAAGAAGAGGCAUAUUAACAUGUUGAAAGAAAGAGAUUACAAUAACGACGGGUGGCAGGAAUUAGUAGGUAGCGGAGUAGUGGAAUACAUAGACACCCUGGAGGAAGAAACUGUCAUGAUAGCUAUGUCACCCGAUGAUCUCCGACAGGACAAAGAAUACGCAUAUUGUACGACGUAUACGCACUGCGAAAUUCAUCCGGCGAUGAUCUUGGGCGUGUGCGCUUCUAUUAUACCGUUCCCCGAUCAUAAUCAGAGCCCUAGGAACACUUAUCAGAGUGCUAUGGGUAAACAAGCUAUGGGGGUGUACAUUACGAAUUUCCAUGUGCGCAUGGACACCUUGGCUCACGUGCUCUAUUACCCUCAUAAACCGCUGGUCACAACAAGAUCCAUGGAGUACCUCAGGUUCCGUGAAUUACCGGCCGGCAUUAACAGCAUCGUUGCGAUCCUGUGUUACACGGGAUACAAUCAAGAGGACAGCGUUAUUCUGAAUGCGAGCGCCGUCGAGAGAGGCUUCUUCAGAUCGGUGUUUUAUCGCUCCUACAAGGAGUCCGAGUCGAAGAAGAUCGGCGACCAGGAGGAGCAGUUCGAGAAGCCCUCGCGCUUAACUUGCCAGGGAAUGCGCAACGCUAUAUACGACAAGUUGGACGAUGACGGGAUCAUCGCACCUGGAAUUCGAGUAUCGGGCGACGACGUGAUCAUAGGAAAAACGAUUACUUUGCCGGAAACGGAUGAUGAGCUGGAUAGUACAACGAAACGUUUUAUGAAACGCGACGCGUCGACUUUCUUACGAAACAGCGAGACCGGUAUAGUCGAUCAAGUGAUGCUGACGUUGAACAGCGAAGGAUAUAAAUUCUGCAAGAUCCGAGUGCGCAGUGUACGUAUCCCGCAAAUCGGCGAUAAAUUUGCGUCGCGUCACGGGCAGAAGGGUACAUGCGGAAUUCAGUACCGGCAAGAAGACAUGCCGUUCUCCUGCGAAGGUCUUACACCGGACAUUAUUAUCAAUCCUCACGCUAUCCCUUCUCGUAUGACUAUCGGUCACUUGAUCGAGUGCAUCCAAGGAAAAGUUUCUGCCAAUAAAGGAGAGAUUGGUGACGCCACGCCGUUUAACGACGCUGUGAACGUGCAAAAGAUUUCCACGCUUUUGCAAGAGUACGGUUACCAAUUGCGAGGAAACGAAAUGAUGUGCAACGGGCACACGGGUCAUAAGAUCCUCGCGCAAGUCUUUAUGGGGCCGACGUAUUAUCAACGUUUGAAGCAUAUGGUGGACGAUAAGAUCCAUAGUAGAGCGAGAGGACCUGUGCAAAUUUUAGUUAGACAACCUAUGGAGGGUCGAGCGAGGGAUGGUGGACUUCGUUUCGGAGAAAUGGAACGGGAUUGUCAAAUUUCUCAUGGCGCGGCGCAGUUUCUGCGAGAACGUCUGUUUGAAGUAUCAGAUCCAUAUAGAAUUCACAUAUGUAAUUUUUGUGGUUUAAUCGCUAUAGCGAAUUUGCGAAACAACACUUUCGAAUGCAAGGGAUGCAAAAACAAAACGCAAAUUUCACAAAUUAGGCUGCCGUACGCGGCAAAGUUGCUCUUCCAGGAACUAAUGGCAAUGAAUAUUGCACCUAGACUCAUGAUACAAUGAGUCUUCUGUAAAUAAUUUAUUUUACGUAAAGUAUCACCGACUUAUCAUUGUAUAUACCGAUUGCAUACCGUAUUGUCGUACAGUGACACGUAAGACAGAUUGAUGAAAAGCUUUUCAUAAGUUUCUAAUGUGAAUUAGCAACUAUUUAUUAAUAAUAAAAUGAUAGUAAUCUUUAUGUAUGUCAAACUUCAUAAUGCUUGAUGUUUAUCAAUUUGUGCGAAUAAAAUAAAUUGGUUUAUCAUAUUAGUUAUUAAUCUCGCAA